AUAAGACAAUAGUCAGCCAGUAAAAUUAUAAACAUUCUUUAAAGUAAAUUUAAUACGAACAACUUCAAUUCGCUUAAAAUAACGCUAAAAGAAAUAUGAAAUUUAUUGUGGUCUUGGGUUUAAUUGGCAUCUGUGCCUUAAGUGCCAGUAAGGCCUUGGUAACACCACACAACAAUCCUGUUGUUAUAGCCUCCCCACCGCCUCUGCCAACAUUGGCUCAGGAUUUAGAGGAAAUAGAACGUUUGAUACCCUCAAAACCCUUAAAACAAUUGGCCAUACGUUAUCUACUUAAUGAUGCCCAAUUCCAGACUUUUGUACGUAUUAUCAACUCCAAUGAUGGCUAUAUGACACAGAUGCGUUUCCGUACUCAACCCGAAGUGUUAGGUUUGAUAACCUGGGUACGUAGCCAAAUUAUGUUGUCCGGUGGCGAUCUAUCAGAUGAAUCUAAUGAAUCUUUGAGAAUUAUCAAUCGCACUCCUUUCUGGUCUCAAACAGUUUACGGUUGGCAAGGUUUUGUCAAUGAAUUUCUGCUGUAUUAUCCUGAAGAUAUGAUUCGUGCCCAUAUUCAAGCUAAAGUUGCUCAAAACGGAAUUUUUGCUCAAUUAGUUCAACGAGUGAGAGCCUUAAAACCAGUUUAUGAUCGCGUUAUUGCAUUGCCGGAAGCUCAACGUUUAAUUAGUACUUUGCAAGCUAAGGGCAUUGAUACUGCUGCCAUUGAUACAUUCAUUCGCAAUCAGUUUGGUUGGCAAGAGACUUCUUCUGCUGCUGCUCCAGCACCACAGCAGCUGCUCCAGGGUUAAAUUAUACUGCGACCGGAAUUUCAUAUAAUUAUACAUAUACAUUUGAAAUAUAAUACCAACAUGAUUUAAGUGCAUUUAAUAUUUUGUAAUAGUCUUUAGAACAUUAUAUAUCUCCCUUAGUUGCGAAUAAAUAAUAAUAUAAAUAUCUUUAAAUUUUAUUCAAUAUAAAAUAAAAAAAUGUGUAAAAAAUUACAUUCCAAGUAUCUACUUGGCAUAUUCGGAAUGCAUAACUGA